AUGUCCGCGUGCUAUGAAGGUGAGCUCGACUGGGAGCUGAGUCAAACAGAGUGGGACAAAUUUCAGGAAACUUUAAAGGAGUUGGAGCAAAGAGUUGAACAAAUACAAGGGCUCCAAAAGUUGAAUGAAAUCUCAGAAAGGAAGGAAGAGCAAUUUUCUCAUCAGAAUUUAGUCCUAUCAGUGGAGGUGAAGGAGGUAAAGGAAGAACCAAAGUUGGAGAUGCAACCACCACCAUAUCAGAAACCACCUCCUUAUGUUCCACCUCUGCCAUUCCCACUCAGGGGAGUGACAAAACACACUUCCUCAAGUGGCGUUAAAAACUCUGCCAAGCAGAAAGUUGUGCAACAAGAUUUUAGUAACCCACUUGAUGAGGAGUUGUGUUUAGAGGGACUGUUUGCUGAAGGUGAGCCGUGUUCAAGAUUUCAUGAGACUCUUUCUCCAGAAAGAGAGAUAAUUGACUCGGAGGAUACAACUUUGUUUACGAAUGAAGAAGAGUCAAUUAUCUCCCUUGAUGAGAGUCAUGUGGGCAGAGGUAAGGGUGAAUUCACUUGGGGUGUGCAAAUAGAGUAUAUUGAUUUCGAUCAAUGUCAAACCAAGAAGGACCCCGAGAUGUUGGAAGAGUGGAGCAAGAAAGAUUUUCCUCUAUGUUGGAUGAUUCAAAAGUAUGCUUCCUGGAGGCAUGAUAGGCUAAUUGAUGGCACAUUCUUGUGGUAUCAAGAUGGCUAUUCUAAGUGA